GUCAUAGCAUCCUGUCAUGGGAUUUGUAGUUUUACCACACAGACCUCAUGAUGAGGCUAAAAUAACCACAGACAUCAGGCUUACUUUGACUUUUUAUGUUUUUAUGAGCACAGCUCUGCACAAACCACAGUCACACAGUGAAGUGCAAUUUAAAACAGAUGGUGACAGCAGAGUAUGAAAGCAUUGAGACAUUAAAAAAAAAACAUGUUUGUGGUCUCAUCAUGCAGUGUGAAUUAUAACUUUUCCUCUUUAGUUUUGGCCUGUGAGAGUUCACAUGCACCCAUGCGUGCAAACAUGCACAGUGUGUUUAAGAGAGAUCGAGAGGUGAAGAGGUUGACAUUUCCGGGGGCAGCGGUGCCGGAGCAGGACGAAAGGUCUGAAGAUUGAAUUUCUGCCCGACAGCAGUGAGAGAGAACCUCAGGCGAGUAAGUGAAGACAGUGAGAAGUAUGUUAACUUCACCCGCGCUGCGUAUUAACGCCUCCCACCUCCCCUUACCCCAAAACAUGACACAUGAAGGUGGGAGGGCUCGUCUGGACAUCACCACGAGGGGACUGAUACACAAACUGUCUCAGAAGGAGGGAAGGUGGAGGCCACAAGGCCCCUGUGGGUGUGGAGGUACAGUAAGAGAGUCACUCUGAGGAGGAGGAGGUGUGAUUAGUUUGAAUCAGAAGCUCUGAGAGGAGGUUUGGUUUCCACUGGCUGCACUGGACAUGUGUUUUCCUGUUCCUCCAUUUGUUUCCUUCAGAGAGAAGCGACAAAAAAGUAGGACAGCGAAGACAGUGAAGGUUAAAGGAUGGAUAAUCAAGACAAAGGAGGAGGUAUAGAAGGAAAAGAGGGAGAAGGAGGAGGGCAGUCGAAAGAAAAACAGAAAGCUGAGGAGGUCAGCGAUGAAGACAAGCGGACCAAAGACAAGCACAAUAAGCUGGAGAAGGAGAGCUGCGAGAAGGAGCCGAGCACUGGGUCAAAGAGGGGGAACCGUCGCGGUCAAUGCAGGAGCGGCUGGGCUCUGACUGAACGCCUCGCCAUCAACGUGUCGGGGAUGCGAUACGAGACCCAGCUCCGGACCCUCGCCCAGUUCCCAGACUCCCUCCUGGGUGACCCCCGGCGUCGCCUUCGCUACUUCGAUCCCCUGCGGAAUGAAGUCUUCCUGGACCGGAGCCGUGUCUGCUUCGAUGCCAUCCUGUACUUCUACCAGUCAGGCGGGAGGCUGCGGAGGCCUGCCAACGUCCCUCUGGACAUGUUCCUGGAGGAGCUGCGCUUCUACGAACUCGGAGAGGAGGUAAUCGACCGCUACAAAGCGGAUGAAGGCUUCGCCAAGGAGGAGGAGAGGCCCUUGCCCACCAAUGACUUGCAGCGUCGCCUCUGGAUGCUGUUUGAGUAUCCAGAGUCGUCCAGCGGAGCUCGGAUCGUCGCCAUUAUCAGCGUCAUGGUCAUCGUGAUCUCCAUUCUCAUCUUCUGCCUGGAGACUUUGCCUGAGUUCAGGCUGGAGAAGGAGCAGAGGGAGCAAUUCACCGUCGUACCUCACCCCACCAUAGCGAACGAAACCAUCUUGGUCCCACCUGGCUUCACCCCCUUCCAGGACCCCUUCUUCAUCGUAGAGACGAUCUGCAUCUGCUGGUUCUCCUUUGAACUCAUCGUGCGCUUCACGUGCGCCCCGAGCAAGAUGCACUUCUUCAAAGACGUCAUGAACACCAUCGACUUCUUCGCCAUCAUUCCCUAUUUCGUCACUCUGGGCACGGAGCUUGCCAAGGACAAAGGUGCGCAGCCGUCCGUGUCCCUGGCUCUCAUCAGGGUCAUCAGGCUGGUGAGGGUCUUCAGGAUCUUCAAACUCUCUCGUCACUCGAAGGGUUUACAGAUCCUGGGCCAGACGCUGAAGGCCAGCCUCAGGGAGCUCGCCCUGCUCAUCUUCUUCCUCUUCAUCGGGGUCAUACUCUUUUCUAGUGCGGCCUACUUUGCCGAGGUGGACAGUCCUGACACAGCGUUCACCAGUAUUCCCGAGGCAUUUUGGUGGGCUGUGGUGUCCAUGACGACGGUCGGCUACGGGGACAUGUACCCGGAGACGGUCGGGGGAAAGUUGGUGGGCUCCAUGUGCGCCAUCGCCGGCGUGCUCACCAUCUCUUUGCCAGUGCCGGUCAUUGUGUCCAACUUCAGUUACUUCUACCACCGCGAGAUGGAGUGUGAGGACACGACCCAGUACAACCACGUCGCCACGUCGCUCUGGGAGAAAGACGGAGAGGAGGAUGAAGACGAGGAGGACGAGGAAGGAGUGGAGGAGGUGCCGGAAUACAUGGGAGAUUUUGCACCGCUGUACAGGCAGAACGGCACGGAUAUCUGCCCGCCGCUCAGCGGGACUCUCCUGGCAGGGCUUUGUGCCGGACAGGUCACCGGUGAUCGCAAAGGGAUGAACUUCUACCUCAAAGAACCGCUGGUUACUCAGGUUUGAGUGUUUUCAACCUCAACGUAAAGACGCUAUUUAACUGGAUGGCGGAGUGAUACGGGAGAAACAGAAUGACACAAAGACCUAAACCCUAACUUGUGCCUCUCCUGUGGUCCUGGUUUUUUGUAUUUGGGGCUUUUGCAUGAUUAUAUUUGACACUACGCAUCUGUUUUUCUCAAUAAAUAAAUAAAAGCUAAUCCUCGAGAAAGCCUGCAGGUCCACGCUGCUGCAUUAAAGACAUCCUCACUAUCCAGACUCCACUAAAAGAAUCGUCUGUCCAUGUAGUUGCAACUCUUUUUCUUAAAGUUCCAGGGUGCAAGAUUUACAGAACAUGUUAGAGAUUUAAUAUAAUACACAUAACUAUGUUGUCAUUAGUGUGUCAGUUGCGUUUCUGAUGAGUUUCACAGCCACCAUAGUUCCUCCUUCACACGAGGAAGGAGAGGUUGACAUGAGGAGGUCGCAAUGAGCAACUUCACCGCACACACCGGCCCUUUAAACCGAACAAAUACGGCAUUCAGAAGCCACAUUACGCGCCUUCUUCUUCGGUUUGAAUUGUUGGCAUGUUAGUGACACGUCAGUCACCAUCUUUGUUUGGCUGAAUUAAAGAGUUGCAACUUGUAAAGUUGAUUUAAAUCUCCUGUACUGUGCAGCAGUGGAUAGAGGACUAAUUCAGGAAUAUGCAAAUGUCUUUAAAACAGAGAAAAGUGUUUUUUUUAAGUGUAAUUACUGAGCACCAGUGACGCUAAAACUCAACAUGACAAAUGAAACUCGUCUAAUCUCUGUGGUGCCUUUGCUGUAAUGUGACAGUGAUAAUGACUGAAGCUAAAUGCACAGCGAGUGUCGCAGGCGUUGAUUCCCCGUACUCGUCGCAGCUAUGGCAGCAAUGCGCUGCUGUAAUCUCGCGCUGACGUGGACAACAAAGAUCGCUCAUCAUGUGACGGGUGGUGCCGACAGAGUUCAUGCAGUUGCUGCCGAAGCCAGUUUGCAUGUUACAUAGUGUAACAGCGAGAUGUAUGGGGAAAGCUGAUAUGAGGUCAGGGAUGGUAUAGCUCAGGGCGAGCUGACAUUUAUGUCCCAGUGGUGGAUGAACAGUGUACUCUGACGGUGGCAGUGCUAACGAACUGUUCCCACACCAACGAGGACAACUUUGUCUUAAUUAACUUGUCAGUCUUACACUUCAGGUUGUCUUAACUAAAGAAGGUGGACAGAAUGUACAUUUAAUAUAUAAUUAAAAUACAAUUGACUAGAUGUGUUGAUUAAAGUGAAAAAAAGCUGUUAUCUGUUUUGCAGUUUCCUUCUUAAUUCACAUUACUACGGAAGCCCUAAGCGGUCGUACAUUGAUACAUUUUAU